CCUCGAACAGUGCAGAUGCCCAAUCGUCAUCGCGAUUCUGCCAACCUCUCAUUGUUUACGCUUCCACCCAGAUCCCCAUCAGUCGCUAUGGACCCGCAGAACCCGUCGGCUUCGUCGCACCCUCAGCAAAACCGGCAGAGGCCGGUUUAUGAUUCUAGCCAAGGUGGACAUUAUGGCGCUUGUGCUGCCUUAGCAUCGCAAGGCUUUGCGCCUUCUGAGCUUUACACCGGCCCUUGGGCCAAUGCUCACCAGGGCCUCACCGGCCAGUACAAGGACAUCCUGACCACCUACUGGCAGCACACCAUCAACCACCUUGAGAACGACACCCAUGAUUACAAGAUCCACCAGUUACCCCUCGCGCGCAUCAAGAAGGUCAUGAAGGCUGACCCCGAAGUCAAGAUGAUCUCGGCCGAGGCCCCCAUCCUCUUCGCCAAGGGCUGUGAUAUCUUCAUCACUGAGUUGACCAUGCGCGCCUGGAUCCACGCCGAAGAGAAUAAGCGCCGAACCCUCCAGCGCUCCGACAUCGCCUCCGCUCUCGCCAAGUCCGACAUGUUCGACUUCCUGAUCGACAUUGUCCCCCGCGAAGAGGCUUCGUCGCACGCCAAGAGGGCAACUGCCCAGCCUGCCGCCGCUCCUCAGGCCGUUCCCGCUGCCCCGGGCCAACCUCAACUGCCCGGCCAGCAUGCCAACAUGGCUCAGCCACCAAACCACUCCUCGUCGCACCCCAUGGGACCAGCAGACUACAUGGGCGGCCAUGCUCUUGCUCCUGAUCAGGACUACCGCCAGAAUCCCAACAUGUACCCCGGUCAGGUCGCCCCUGGUCCUGCGGCUCCCUAUGGCCAAACCCAACCUCCCCCAUCCAUGUAUGGGGAAAUGGAGGGCAUGUAUCCUUACUCUGCAAUGCAGCCCCAACAGGUAUAUACUCGCUGACUUAGCUGUAGUCCCUCGCCGCCCAUGCUGAUGACUGACAAAUCUAUCCAGGCCCCAAUGGCUUCUGAGGAGUUUGAGUAGGCUCACUCACUCAAAUUGCUUGAGACAUAAGUCGGAUCUACUGAGUGUACAAAUUUGGGCGGCACUUGACGUGACGCGGGAAUGGUGGAAAGGGCUUGGCGCAACGGACUCAUGCUUAUUUUAAGAUAGCUUGCCAGGCAUACAUCUGCCUGUUGCAAUCGCACAGUACAGUGAAGACAUUC